CAUCGUUUUCUGUCCAACUAUCCAUCUGCCACCUUUAAACCUCACCAGCAAACUCCAUACAAGGCAGGCCAUCUAUCCACCUUCUCUUUACCCUUUUUCAUUUUUCUUUUUCUUUUCCGAUUUCUCUUAAAAAAACCACCAUUUCCCAUUUCACCCUUUUGUUUUUUUUUUCUUCCGUUUCGGGAGGAAGGAAACAAACGACAAAGCCCCAAGAACCACCACCGCUCGCACAAAAGCAACAACAACGUUGUCGUGCUGUUUGUAUUUAUAUUUUUUUAUUAUUUUCUUUUAGGUACGAAGAUGAUGGGUCUGAGCAAGCUCGGAACCGCGAUAAUGACUAUAACGGCCGUUACUCUGGUGGCCCUGUUCGCGGAGAUCGUGUACGUGCUGUGGCAACGCCGUCAGAGGCUCCGUCCGCGUGUGCGCGUGGAGCCGCAAGAGGCUUCGCUCCAGUGUUCUUCUACCUCGUCUUCUCCGAGUAACGAUGAUGACGUGGAGCUCGAACUCGAACAGCACGUGAUGAAGUGGCAGCAGUGUCUUAACGGUAACGGUCCCUCCAGGAUGCUGUUCACGAUCAAAGAGGAAGAGAGAGAAGAGGUUGAGUCCGAUAACGGUAACGGUUUGUCCGAGGAGUGUAAGAAAAGUGCGCGUGCGUGUUUGGAUAAUGAGCGCGUGGCGGUGGUAGACGAGGUUGUGGUCGCGGUUGAGGAGUUGUUGUUGCUGGACGAAACGACGACGCCGUUUUCGACGCCGUGUGCUUCGCCUCCGUACUACACACCCUACGCUUCGCCGAGUCGUGAAGAGUGUCGUAAAGAUUCAAACGACGGUAAUGGAUGAGUCGUUUUACACUGUUACUAUCACCUACACUCCUAUUCCUAUGUAAUGAAAAGGUAUUGCUAUUAACAUUGAAAUUUUAGAAUGUUAAGAUUGUGUUAGAUUUAGAUUAAAUUAGAUUAUAUUAGACUUAGAUUUUUGGAUCAGGAAUGAAUUAAUGGAUCCAAUGCUUGGAAGAGGAAGGGAAAGUUUGUGCAAAAUAGGAAAUUAAAGUGCUUACUACUACUACUACUACUGAAGUGUGUUUGAAUUUCGGGGUCAUCAUUGAUUAAUAUUAUUACCAGCAGCAGUCAUUAUUUUUCAACAAAUUCAAA